AUGUGUUCAAUUUUGGGAAUGCCUGAGCUAGUAAUAGCAAAUAUUAUAGGAUUUUUGGACUUUCGAGCAGUAUUCACUAUUCGCCAAGUUUGUAGAGAUUUUCGAAAUUUUAUAAAUGAAAUGGACAAAUCAAAAUUGCCGGAUUCGAAAUUUGAAAAGAUUCAUGUAUUAGUGAAAAAUGAAGAAAUGAUUCGAAUGACUUUUAUCUGGAAUCAUGUAUCUCAAAUAAAAAUUGAGGAGUCUUUUGAAAAGGAGAAACCUGGAUUUUUCAACUUGAUUUCUCAAAGAAUGUUUUUGAAAUAUUUUGGGAACAAUAAUAAGCACUCUAAUCAAAAAGAUCUUGAAAUGGAUGAAGUUCUUGAAGUUUAUCAAUUUGUUUUAAAAUUUCAGAAAUCUAUUCUUCAAUUUUAUAACGACUCUCCGGAUUUCGAACUUUCUUACGUAGUAGUGGAAUAUUUUGAAGAAACUAGGAGUUUGUCAAGUGGAUCGAAAAAAUUUAUUCAUACAUUCAUUCGGUAA